AUGGAGGAACCGCGCAGGCCCCGGCCUGCCACUUCGCCAACGCGCGACAAGUCUUAUUCACCGUAUAGGUCCUCACCCUCUCGACGCUUUAGGGACGUCGAAACGGGCUACAAUCCGGUCCGAGAUACUGCCUAUUCGGCCCAGCGAAGCGGCACCGAUCCUUACCCCCCCUCCCCAUCCUCCAGAGCGGCAGACUGGGAACCCAUCAUGUCGAAUCCAAUGACCCAGAGCGAACUCGGCCGCAAGAAAUCCCUGAUCCGUCCUGAACGGAACCGAAUUGACCGAGACCAUCCUAAUUACUACUACCGCAAACAUGCCCAGAACAUGGAAGUCUUCCCUUCAACCACUGGUAAUGAUCCCGUGGUGGAAGAUUUGGCCGAGGGACGAACGGUGAGCUCGGGAAGCACCCAACACGACACCGCCAUCGACGACGAAUUUGUUGGUGAUCCGCAAAAGGCACAGGCGCCUCGAACAUUGGAGCCGGUGGGCAAGAAGCGCCCGGGCCGGAGACUGGCCCGGAAAGACACUCAACCCCUGGGCGAAGAAGAAAAGAAACGACAGAAGGAACUGGACAGGAUCAAACCUCCGAGUGUCUGGAACAUCUACUGUGCCAUCAUCACCUUUUGGGUGCCAGACUGUAUCCUACAGUGCUUCGGCAUGCCUGCAAAGGCGCAAAGAAGAGCGUGGAGGGAGAAGAUCGGGCUCAUCAGUCUGAUCCUUCUGGUUGCCGCCUUUGUCGGCUUUUUGACCUUCGGCUUCACGGCAGCAGUCUGUCCGGCGCCUGGGCUUCGUCUCAAAAUCAACCAUGUCGACCGGGGUUACAUGAUUUUCCAUGGAGGCGCGUACAAUCUGGAUGGGUCCAUGCAUCCGGCAGCCCUGGGCGUUCCACUGGACACCAACGUUCUCUACGACUUACCUCACAAGUACGGCGGCCAAGAUGGAAGCUUCAUGUUUCAAAAGGUCAAUGGUGCUUGCAAGGAUCUCAUCACGUUGGCGGAAGGAUCAGACGUGCCCACCAACGCCGAUGGGGACCUCGCCUGGUAUUUCCCCUGCACGGCGUUCAAUCAGGAUGGCUCCUCGCCCGUCAACCUGACCACACCGUACUACCUGGGUUACGCUUGUCACACCACGGCCAAAGCGAGAACCAGCUUCUACGACCUUAGAAGGGCGGGAGACGUGUAUUUCACUUGGGACGACGUCAAGAACACCAGCCGAAAUCUCGUGGUGUACUCGGGCGCCGUGAUUGACCUCAAUCUCCUGAAGUGGUUCAAUUCAAGUCAGGUCGCGUGGCCCCAGCAAUUCGACGAUUUACGAGAGAACGAGAAGAUCCGUGGAAUGGACAUCACUCAUGUUCUGCAGUCGUCCGCUGACAAGAAGGUUGGCCGAUGUUUGACUCAGAUCGCCAAGGUUGGCUCGAUUGACACAGAAAGCGUUGGCUGCAUCGCAUCCAAGGUGGUCUUGUACGUGUCGCUGGUCUUCAUCCUGGCCAUCGUGUUGGCCAAGUUCUUCCUCGCCCUGGCCUUCCAGUGGUUUUUGUCUGGGAAAUAUGCGGCGGCCAAAACUUCGCAGACGUCGGACCCCAAGGAAAGAGCCAGACAGAUUGAAGACUGGACGGACGACAUCUACAAGCCUGCUCCAAAAAUCACCGACCCCGCGACGACCGUCUCCGGGUCCGAAGGCCGAACCAGCAAGCGUGGCAGCAUGAUGUUCCCACAAACUUCUCGUUUCACCAGUCCUUAUGCCGUCGAUCGAAGAAGCAGUCGGCCUCCGCCAACCACCAUGACGAGCCAGUCGUCGAACGUGAAGCUGAUCCAACCCAACGUGUACAAGUCGGGGUACAGCAGCAGUCAGAAUACCUUGGGCGUGGAUUCCAGGAUGAGCGUCGGUGCUAGCAGGUCCAGCCUCCUCCUUUCGGGCCACGAAACCCGGUAUUCCGCUGUCAUGGACAAUCUGGAGCCUAAUGGCCCCGUGGGGUUCAUCCACGAGAAUGUUGUUCCUCAACCACCGCCAGAAUGGCAACCCUUCGGGUAUCCGCUGGCUCAUGUCAUCUGCCUGGUCACCGCAUAUUCGGAAGGCGAAGACGGCAUCCGAACCACGCUGGACUCGAUCGCCACGACCGACUACCCCAACAGCCACAAGGCCAUCCUGGUCAUUUGUGAUGGUCUGAUCAAAGGAAAAGGGGAGACCCAAACCACACCGGACAUUGUGCUCGGCAUGAUGGGGGACUUUGUCGUCCUUCCCGAAGAUGUGCAAGCCUUUUCGUACGUUGCCGUGUCCAGCGGGUCCAAGCGACACAACAUGGCCAAGGUGUAUGCUGGGUUCUACGACUACGGUCCGAAGACGACGAUUGAUCCGACCAAGCAGCAACGAGUUCCGAUGAUGAUGGUGGUCAAGUGUGGCACUCCGGACGAAGCGACCAAGAGCAAACCUGGAAACCGCGGCAAACGUGACAGUCAGAUCAUCCUCAUGUCUUUCCUGCAGAAGGUCAUGUUCGACGAGAGGAUGACGGAACUGGAAUACGAAAUGUUCAACGGCUUGUGGAAAGUGACGGGCAUGUCGCCCGACUUUUACGAGAUGGUGCUCAUGGUGGACGCCGACACGAAGGUCUUUCCCGACAGUUUGACGCACAUGGUCUCGGCCAUGGUCAAAGAUCCGGAGGUCAUGGGUCUUUGUGGUGAAACCAAGAUUGCCAAUAAGAAUGCAUCUUGGGUAUCACGGAUCCAGGUGUUUGAAUAUUUCAUCUCUCACCAUUUGUCCAAAUCCUUCGAAUCGGUCUUUGGUGGUGUCACCUGUCUUCCUGGAUGCUUCAGCAUGUACCGGAUCAAGUCCCCCAAGGGCGGUCAGAACUAUUGGGUGCCCAUCUUGGCCAACCCGGACAUUGUCGAACAUUACUCGGAGAACGUGGUCGACACCCUCCACAAGAAGAAUCUUUUGCUCCUGGGCGAGGACCGGUAUCUCUCCACCCUCAUGUUGAAGACCUUCCCCAAGCGGAAGCAAAUCUUUGUGCCUCAAGCCGUUUGUAAGACGACGGUGCCUGACGAAUUCAAAGUCUUACUUUCCCAACGACGACGAUGGAUCAACAGUACUGUCCACAACCUGAUGGAAUUGGUGCUGGUGCGGGAUCUGUGCGGCACAUUCUGCUUCAGCAUGCAGUUUGUGGUCUUCAUCGAACUCAUCGGCACGCUUGUGCUCCCCGCCGCCAUUGCAUUCACGUUUUACUUGAUCAUCAUCUCGAUUGUCAGAAAGCCGGUGCCCGUCAUCCCACUCGUCCUGUUGGCCCUCAUUCUGGGCCUUCCCGCCGUUCUGAUCGUCUUGACCGCCCACCGUUGGUCGUACAUUCUGUGGAUGCUCAUCUACCUGGGCUCGCUACCCAUCUGGAACUUUGUCCUUCCGACUUAUUCAUUCUGGAAGUUUGAUGAUUUUAGCUGGGGUGACACGCGAAAGACGGCGGGAGAGAAGACCAAGAAAGCCGGUCUUGAGUACGAAGGAGAAUUCGACAGCAGCAAGAUCACCAUGAAACGAUGGGGUGAUUUUGAACGAGAACGUCGUGCACAGGCGAAUGGAAAUGUUUGGCAACAACCAUCCACUCGUUCCCCAAGCGCUUAUGAUUCGCCACACGGCUUUGAGACCUAUCAAGACUAUUGA